GUGCAGGACUGGCUAGAGGGGUGUGUGUGGGAGUGUUCGAUUGGAGAUCUGAGCUAUAGCAGAACCCGGCGGACCAGAGCAGCCAUGCUUCCCGGGGUGGGCGUGUUCGGCACCAGCCUCACGGCCCGUGUCAUCAUCCCGCUGCUGAAAGAUGAGGGCUUCGCGGUGAAGGCGCUGUGGGGCCGCACGCAGGAGGAAGCCGAGGAGCUGGCCAAGGAGAUGAGCGUCCCCUUCUACACCAGCCGCAUUGACGAGGUGCUGCUGCAUCAGGACGUGGACUUGGUGUGCAUCAAUCUGCCGCCGCCCCUCACCAGGCAGAUCGCUGUCAAAACCCUGGGCAUCGGCAAGAACGUCAUCUGCGACCGCACGGCCACCCCGCUGGACGCCUUCCGCAUGAUGUCGGCCGCCCACUACUACCCCAAGCUCAUGAGCAUCAUGGGCAACGUGCUGCGCUUCCUGCCGGCCUUCGUGCGCAUGAAGCAGCUCAUCGAGGAGGGCUACGUGGGCGAGCUGCUGGUGUGCGAGGUGCAGGUGCACAGCGGCAGCCUGCUGGGCAAGAAGUACAACUGGAGCUGCGACGACCUGAUGGGCGGCGGCGGCCUGCACUCGGUGGGCACCUACAUCAUCGACCUGCUCACCUUCCUCACUGGCCAGAAGGCCGUCAAGGUCCACGGGCUGCUGAAGACCUUCGUGAAGCAGACCGACCACAUCAAGGGCAUCCGCCAGAUCACCAGCGACGACUUCUGCACCUUCCAGAUGGUGCUGGAGGGCGGGGUGUGCUGCACCGUCACCCUCAACUUCAACGUGCCCGGCGACUUCAAGCAGGACGUGACCGUGGUGGGCUCGGCCGGGCGCCUGCUAGCGGUGGGCACAGACCUGUACGGGCAGCGCAACGGCGCCCCACAGCAGGAGCUGCUGCUGCAGGACGCCACGCCCAUCAGCAACUCCCUGCUGCCCGAGAAGGCCUUCAGCGACAUCCCGUCGCCCUACCUGCGCGGCACCAUCAAGAUGAUGCAGGCCGUGCGCCAGGCCUUCCAGGACCAGGACGACCGGCGCACGUGGGACGGGCGGCCGCUCACCAUGGCCGCCACCUUCGAUGACUGCCUGUACGCCCUGUGCGUGGUGGACACCAUCAAGAGGUCCAGCCAGACGGGCGAGUGGCAGAACAUUGCCAUCAUGACCGAGGAGCCCGAGCUGAGCCCCGCCUACCUGAUCAGCGAGGCCAUGCGACGCAGCAGGAUGUCCCUGUACUGUUAGCGCAGGACUGGGGACCUGGGGGGGAUGCAGGUGCUCCACGUGGAGCCCAGAGAGCGAGGGAAGGGGGGGCGGGCAGAGGCGGCCUGGAGGAGUGCAGGGCGGGAAGGUGGAGAGGGGGCAGUGUGAGUAAGUGGCAUCUGAGGAGGUGAAUCCCAGCCCGGGUGAGGGGCACUGAGGAAGACUGUCGGCAGGCCAAGCUAGUAACAGCCUGGGAGUAUGGGGGGGGGGGGCAGAGGGGCACCUGCCAUUCCUGAUGUCAUGCCUGCCGGCCAUUUGCAUGAAGGAGAAAGGCUUAGCUUCUAUUGCCCCUUAUCAUGAGAAGCAGAGAGGGCGUGCUUUCCUCCUCACCUCAUCCACCCCCUUCACCUUGGCCUCCUUGGCAAGUCACAGUCUCCUGCCAUCGGUCGGCAAGCUCAGUGGGUGUUGGCUCCCCAACCCCUGCCCCGCCCCGCACCGGCUGCACCUGCUUCUAGCAGGAGAAGGCACAUCCCCAUCUGUCCGCAGAAGCCUAUUAGUCUGGGGAGAAGUAGGGGUGCAGUGGGCUCAUGAGAACAUUCAAAUUCCAGGAAGCCACUUAAAAUGUCUGGAGGAAAGAGCACUUGGUAGCAAAGUGCACAGCGAUCUUGAUGGAUUGGUGUUCCUCACAGGAAGCAGGAAGGAGUGUCUUCCCAAUUGGUUCAUUGCCUCUCGCCCGGCCUGAGAUGGGGUAAGGGAGGGCCAGGAACAGCAAGUGAGCCAGAAGGAGAGCACCAGAGCACACGGGGCCUGGAGACAGAUGAGGCAGAGAAUCCACUAGCCCUUUGGGUUUGCCAGCAAUUAAAAAAUUGCAAGGAGCCACCUUAUACUACUACUUCGGGUGGGGUAGAACUGAGUGUAGGGGAUCUUGCUACUGAAGUGUCGUUUUACGUGGCUCUCCGGCAGGGUCAAAGGCACAGCAGAAGUGGGUCUGACCACAGGCUCACUUGCUGGGGCCCCCCAGUGUUGCAGUGGGGAUCUCCCAGCAGGUGGGAAGGUGAGCCAGCCCUGGAUGGGCUUUGGGCUCCAACCCCCAUGUCUCCUACAGAGCUGGUAAAGGACUUUUAGGAGAUUCCCCCAGCUUCGUGGAUGUAAAAGGGAAGCCUUCAGUUCCACGCAGAUAAUAAUCUUCUUCCCUUAAAAGAAAAAAAAGGUCAAGGCUCUUUUCCUUAGCUUUGACCUUUGCUUUUAAGAUGCUGACACCUGCCAGUUUUUGAAUAGGUAUUAAACAAAAGGACAACCAGGAACAUAAUGUUCAGUGUUUCUAAUAUGGGGUUUUAGAGCUCUCAGGGGUGUGUCUUCAUGUAGGGUUGAGAAGGUUAAUGUUGGAGAAAACCGUAUUCUUCCUUUCCUUUGUCUCUUGUUUCUCUUGUCUUGUCACUCUCUGCUUCUAGAGCUUUUACUGGAGAUGGUAACUGCAGUCUUGGAGCAGGUAGUUCCAAAGGGAACAACUGAAGAUACACACACACACACACACACACACACACACACACACACACGCACAAAUUAAGGGUUGGUCAGUGUUCACCACCAUCAAAUGUCACUGAAACAGUUCUUAAAAAUUCAGACCUUUCUCGAAAGAAACACCAAGUUAAACAGCUUGAAAACAGGGGAUUAACCUUUUCCUAAUCCUUCAUUCCGCAUCGACGUUUGUCAGGCUUGGAUGCAGAGACCAUUGCUUGUAAAUCUACAUGGCUCUUCUUUACAGGUCACAGAAAUCCAAAAGUUGUCUCUGGCACACAGCUGAGGUGUCGACAUCUCUUCAGGUGACUGGUGGUAGAAUCGGAAGGGAAUUUAAGGGGCCGUGAGACUGCCCCCCUCACCGCCCCCCCCGCCCCUUGCCAGGAUCCCAGGCUCUGAGGAGGCAGAAUCUGAAAAUGAACAGAAUAGUCCGUUGUAUCAUCCAUCCUCCUUCCAGGAUCGAUACACACUCCGUCACCCCUGGCUGCCCGUGGGUGCAGGGUGGGCAUGCCCAAACCCCACGGGAAUGUUGGUCAUUUUCUAGCACAGAGGAAGAAGGAUUGCCUUCCCGGAAAGAGUCACCCUACUUCCUGGGGGCCCCAUUGCAACCUGGCUAGGUUAGUCAGCUGACACUCUCCGGGGUACGUGAUGUUCCCUGACAUCACGACUUCGUAACGAGCAUGCCGGCUUUUGUGGCUGUCAAUUCAAAACUAGACAUUUAGUAGAAGGAACGAGUCCCAGUAAUAGUUUGGGCAGAGGGCUGUGCAGUGGACCGUUUGGGUUCAGGUUCUCCUAAAUUGCCCUCUGGGUAAAUAACUUUUGUAGACACUGAGUGGAAAGAAUUUUUUUCCGUAUCUAGCCCAAAAGCCUGUGAUUAAGGAUGAAGGGAGAGGGAACUAGAUGAUUCUAUGGGUCUCAUUUUCCUAAGUCGUUUAUAAUCUAAGUAGGGCUGUUCCAGGGGUUUCAAUUUUAUGUUUCUGUACUUAAGCAAAAGACUUGGGAAAUUGUUUUGUUUUGUUUUGUUUUUUUCUUUCAAAGGCUUCUGAGUUCUGUGAUAAAUAUUCAGUGUCUAAAACAAAAAAUUCUCAUUUGGGGCUAGGGUAUAUAGAAAGAAAAGAUAUAUUCUUGAAGCAUGAAAAAUAUUUUAGUAAGCACUCAAAUUUUAUUUACUGAAGUGCAUGUAGUAGGUAGAUGCAGGAAGGAGAGGAACUAAGUAGUUCAUUUGUAAAUACAAAACUUAUAGGAAAUGAGUUUAAGAUACUUCUUUAGUGCUCCUUUUUGCCCCUGGACUACCACUUGCAAAGCCUUGAUUGAGAGCCAUAAUGGGGAGCUGAGAUGUCAGGCUUUCGACAAAGCCUCCCUGGGGCAAAGCCCAGCACCUCCUAGUGUGCUCAGGGGACUGGAUACCAUUGGGCGACUGUGACCCAGGAUGAGGCCCCCGCAGCAAUCCAGCCUCUUUCCGUUCUGGUUACGGUGUUUCAAAGACCCUGUGUAGAGGAGGCACCAUUUUAGGGUCUUCACAUUUAGUCUCUAUUGCUUGAUUUGUGUGGAUGCCUCUGGUCCUGGAAAUUUGGGCUCAUGCUCCUGGCUGCUCAUGCUACUGGUUGAGAGAGGUUGGAGGUCAGUGGUUCUUACCUGGUAUUCGCACAUGUUUGGAAUGCUCUGGGCUUACUUGGAAAGUUUGGAUUCUCAUGAGUUUGCUUGAGUCCAUGACCACUGUCCGCUCUUGCAUGAUUUCUCCUCUCAAUGGGAGACACAGUGCAGGGUACCACACAUGCUCCCUGCCUCCCCGGUGGCGAUUAUCUGUGGGUCGGGUGUAUCUGGACUCUCUAGGGACAGUCUUGGCUGACUUCAAGACAAACUUCUCCCGGACCCCUUCUCCAUCGACAGAGAGCCACCAAGUACCCUCUGUGUGCCAACAUUUCUCGAUCAUCCACUGUGUGCAGGGUAUUUUAGGUAAAUUAUGUCAUUGAAUCCCCCCAAUGACCCUGUGGUAUUAGGUAUUGUUCUUCCCAUGACACACAUUAGAAAAUCAAGGCUCUUACGGGAAGAGUAGCUUGCCCAAAGUCACACAACUAUUAGGCAGAAGUGGAGUCCCCUGAAGUCAAAACUUUUCUUCUCCAAACCACGUGGCCUCCUGAGAAGAAAGACUUGUACCCCUGCCGUUCUUGCCAGGAAGGAGGGCACUCCUUGUUGAGCACUGAGGGGGCCUCUCUCGCCAUCCCACGGAGCCUCCCGUGAAUCAUGCUGAAUGUGACCUGCAUGGGCCUCUCCCCAACUGCUGUCCACACCCUCCUGUUGAGCAGGAUCCCACAUUUGAUGGUGUGGCAGAAGGUUCCUUAUAGAACUGCAAAUAGAAGCAGUUGAUUUUUCUUCCCCUUCCAAAAUGGAAAUGGCACUCCGCUUCUUUUAAAAUCGACUUCCUAAGCUGAUUCUGAUCGGAGGUGAUGCAGGAAACCGCAGAGUUGGGACUUUUCAAGACACCAUUGGCCCACUAUUACAGGUGGCCUUGGAUUUCGCUCUGGGUGGUCUAACAAUAGGAAAAUGUCUUCUCAGGGAGUGGGGCUUUUAGAGGUCAUUUGUUUGUGACUCCGAUUUACCUGUGCAUUUUAUUCAUACCUCUACACUCUCAACUCUCCUUACCUCCUCUUCUUGCCCAACUGUUGAAUUUGAGCUGGGUCAUAAAGUAGGUGUCGGGUGGCAUCGUUUUUUUUUCCGGUGGAUAUGGGGCUUAGAUUUCAGCAUGCUAGGGGGCAUCCUGGGGAGAAAGCAGCUCUGGUGGCAUCUGAAGGGACUCCAGAGCCCAGUGUCUUCACAUCCUUUAUUUUAUAUCCCAGAGAGGUUAAGUGAUGGCAGAGGUCACACUGCUUCUUAGGGGUAGAACCAGGACUAGAAGCCCCACGUUUCAAGUCCCACCUUGCCACACACAGCACCUUCAGAGCCCUCAGCUGGGGACAGGGAGGCAGAGGGGUGCAGUGGCCUGUCUGAGGUCCCGUGGCUAGUUCGCGGAGGAGUCAGGAUUAGGACUCAGACCUGCAACUGACUAUUCCCUGAGCUACUGUGGGUGAAUCCAUGUUUUAGCAACUCAAUUAUGUCUCCAAUAUACUCGGAAACUAGCUGGUUGUUUUUUGGUUUUUUUUUUUUUUUUUAAGAUUUCUUAUUUAUUUAUUUGACACAGAGAGAGAGACAGCAAGAGAGAGAACACAAGCAGGGGGAGUGGGAGAGGGAGAAGCAGGCUUCCCGCGGAGCAGGGAGCCCGAUGCGGGGCUCGAUCCCAGGGCCCUGGGAUCGUGACCUGAGCCGAAGGCAGACACCUAACGACUGAACCACCCGGGUGCCCCAGAAACUAGCUGUUUUAAAUUUCCCAAUGUGAUUUUCAUGUGAACAGUUUUCUGUAGUUUGUAUUGUAUUUGGCAAGGAUGGGGGACACACGUUUCGAUGUCCAUCUUUGGGAUUUCCUAAGGCCAGCUCUGCUAAGGUCCCCCCGGCCCCCCCGCCCAUGCCCACUCCUCUCCGAGACACAGAUCCAGGCCUUGGCUGCCUUAUGAUGCCUGCUCCACCUGCUGCCUCCUUUCUUGGGCCAUCAAAGCCCCGAAGUUACCAGGGCAGAGACCAUGACAAUGGGGAGCUCAUUAAAAAGAAACUAUCAGAGCCCCGAAUUUCAGGUUUCUUUUGCGGACAGGGAGGAGGGCGAUGGCGGGAGAACUGGUUGUGUCUGCAGCGUGGAGUGAGUCCUGACCAGCGGCUGGCACGCCCCACCUGCCCUGCCCCAUCCUAGGCAGAGAAGCGGGCUGAUGGCAGUCCUCUGAGCCCCAGGGGACAACCCUGACUGAGUCAGGCUCCCAGCACCUCCCACAAGAGGAGUGAAGGUUUCCCGGGCUGCUAUGAGGGUUGAUGGGCUCGGUGGCCUCUCAGAGUCUGGAGGCGAGGCUGCUCUUGUAUCUGAGUGACCACAUCCAUUAGCCGUGGAAGGCGGUGGCCGACUGGCCUUUCUCUUCCCCAUGUCACAGGCCCUAUUGGCCAGAACCCUUGAGAGGGCCGCCGAAGCGUCUAGCUCUCAGUCAGGCUACGGAAGUGUUGCACUACUGAAUGCUCUCAAAUCUGUUGUACUCUUUUUUUUGUUUAAGCCAGCGGUGAGCAGAGUGAUAACAAGACCGUGUCGUAUGCAGUAGCUCUAUGCUUAGUGCCGCAUCAAAAGCUCGCCUGGGCCAGUGUGGGCAGGGCCUGCAGAAGAACCCUAGCAUCAUGCUGCUUCUCUCAUUCGCUGUCCCGAACUCUGCUGUCCCCUGCAGCCGUCACAAGGGCUGAGUGGCUGAAUGAGCCCCAUGACUUCUCCUUACAUGAGUUACCUGUGAUUCCAGUCCAAUCCCAAGUUAAGCAACAAAACAAAAGCAAGUGACCUGACCAGCUACUUUCCUCCCCUCCUUCUCCUUCAGGCAUCCAGACAUAUCUAAACAUACUUAGUAUUGUGCCCUGUGCCUUGCCCAGGGGAGGGAGAAGUUUCUAGUGAUUAUGGCUUUCUGUUUGCUGCCUGGUGCUUUUAUAGUACUAGUACUACUUCUACUUCUUCUUCUUCUUCUUCCUCUUCUUCUUCCUCUUCCUCUUCCUCUUCCUCUUCCUCUUCCUCUUCCUCUUCCUCUUCUUCUUCUUCUUCUUCUUCUUCUUCUUCUUCUUCUUCUUCUUCUUCUUCUUCUUCCUCCUCCUCCUCCUCCUCCUCCUCCUCCUUUUCUUUUUUUUUUAACCAAAAUUACAUUUGUUUGGUUGUCAUUGUCAAGUAUAUUUAUUGUGUUUUACAAACAUGAGUGUAUAUAUAUAUGUAUGUAUAUGUAUAAAACCAAACUUAUAUAUAAAAAGUCAAGGCAUGUAUACUAGAUAUUUUAAAGAGUUAUUUAUCAAGGGAAAAAGAUGUGUGUUAUAAAGUAAACAGAGUCUAUAUUUUAUAUAUAAUGUAGAUAGCAAAAAAAAUAGCUUAUAAAUUAUAGAAGGUUUUGGUUUUCUUUUUUAUUAUUAAAGCAAAAAAAGAAAAAGAAAACAAGGACAAUGAAUGCAACUGUUUUUAGUGUUUUUAAGGCCAAACCUACUGUGGGAGGUGACCUUCCCUGCUGGGCCCCUUGGCCAUGCAGUCUGAGCUCCCGACCCGCUGUUACCUCUGCAAUGCUCAGGGGACCGUGUUUAGCAUUGCUCAGCCAGCUGGCCUGCGCCCCUUACAUGUGGCCUUUUGCUGCCCUCUCCAAUUUGCCUUGGUGGGAUAAAGAAGUGAAAGUAGCAAAUAAAGAUUGAAGAGAAGAUACAA